UGGACGCUUGGCAUUUUGUAUUUUAUAAAACGACAACGGACAAACGGUUUUCAAGGCGAGUGCCAAGUGCCGAUAUGUAGUAGGCAAGUUUUAAGUAACGAUUAACAGUUGUAGUUUGAUCAUUAGUUUAUUGGGCCUAUAAAGGUCAAUUGUUUUAAAGAGAUGGACGGAGACGAAAGCAGAAGAAAAGCUUUGGAGUCUGGUAGGGAAAUGCUUGCCAAGUACAAGGCACAACGUUUCAGUAGAGGUCACAGUUCAGCAAACAAUCAGGCUGGUGAACCAUCUGAUGAAGAAUCAUCACAUAAUGAGUUUGAAGCUCAGCAAAGUAUUAGUAUAAAUGAAGUAUCAUCACAGGAUAUAACACACAGUAGCAUCAGCAUGAGUGAAGGUGAAGGAGAUGGAGAUCUUGAAGGAAGAGCUGGUAAUGUGGCCAAACUUGCAGAACUUCUACAAGUCAAAGAAGCAGAGGUGGAAGCUUUACAUGCAGAGCUUGAUCAUCUUCGGGCAGAGGCAUCAUCACCAAAUUCAUCACAAAGUAGAAGCAGUAGCAUUCAGAACAGAGAUAUCAUUCUUACGUAUCAUAACAAGCUAACUGAAUAUGAGAAAGCUGUAAUUGAUCGAGACAAACUGAUAGAUGAUUUAACCUCAUCCUUGAAGCAAGCCUUGGCAGCAAGAGAUAAUCUUGUAGCUCAAGUGAAUUCCCUUAAUGCGCUUAAGCUUGCUAACACAAGUAUGGAAAGUGCUGAAGUUCUACAGGAGAAGGUCUCGUCUUUGGAAAUUACAAUCAACGACCAAGGUGCUAUGAUAAACGAAUUGAACAUGGAAUUGACCAAGUCAAAAGAUCACGUACAAAGGCUAGAAAUGGAAAGAGACACACAAAGAGUUGAAAUCAAUGAUUAUAAGACUCGGGUUGAACAACUAAAUAAGCAAAUUCGCGUCGGAGCAGAGCAAAACAAUCUAAACAUCGAUAAGACAUUAGAACAGCAAAAACAAUAUGAAGCAAGAGUGGACAAACUCAAAAAAGACAUGCAAACGUUUGUAGAUAAAUUCACUAUAGCAACCAAUGAAAGUACAACGCAUCAUCAAAAGGAGAUCAAUGAUUUGCAAAAGAAACACGAAGCAGAUUUAGCGAAUCUUCGACAAAAAUUUGAAGAACAGUUAAAACUGUCUAAAGAAGAAUCAAAAACAUUGGCUGACCGUCUAAACAAGGAGCUGCCUGACUUGGAAAGUCGUCACGCUAAAGAACUGUCAGCUUUUCAAAGCCAAUUAGCUUAUUACAAAAACACUGUGGAGGCUCUUAAAUUGGAAUUGAUUAAUCGAUGUGAGCGUGAACAAAGUCUUCAAGCGGAAUUAUUAGCUUCGAAGUCUCGUUUAAACGAACUCAUAGUUCAAGCAAACACCGAGCGCGAGUUGCUGCAGGAACAAAUUCGGUUACAUAAGCUUCAGGUGGACGAAGUGACGUCGAAGUGUUUGGCAGCUUCAAGUGUCCUGGAUUCAAAAGAAAGUAUUGAGCGUAGCCUGGAACAAGCUCUGAGCAACGCAGGUAUGUUACGUGAAGAGAAUGAAAAGCUGAGGAUGGAGUUAGAUGAUCUUUCAGUGCGCUACACAGCUGCGCAGUCGCUUAUAGAAAAUAAUCUAGCUCAUGAACGGAGUAUGAACAAUAGAGUGUACGAGCUGGAGAAGUCUCUUUCUAGGGUGAGCGGUAUGAGUUUUAGCAACACUAGUGAAUUGAACGAGACCAGCUAUCAGACUUUCGAUGAAGUUGCCCUCCAGUUCCACAUAACGCGACAGAAACUAGAAGAAAAGGCCGAGCUCGAAAAGAAGCUAAUCGACAAAAUACAAAACUUAGAAGAAGAGCUCGAGAAAGCGAAUUUGGUGAAAGAGUCUUAUGAGAAACAAUUAAAGGAUUCUAAGAAUUCUUUCGACAAGCUUACGUCGGAAAUGAAUGUGCUAAAGGAUUCGAAUCCCCCAAUACCCUUCCAAGGAUCCAUGUACUUUGGCGACAGUCAUGAUAAGAGUCUGGAGGAUAAAAUUACGGAUGAUAGCCAGAAUCCAAUGGAGAUACUUGAGAAGAAUCUAGAGGAAUUGAAGACGAAGUUAAAGCAAAAAGAAGCAGAGAGUGCGGAUAACGUAAGAAGGUUAGAGGAAAUUACUCAGAGGAUGAGGAAAAGUGAAGAUGAGUGUGAAAAACUUAAAAGUGGAUUAGCUUCCGCAUGGGAACAGUGUGCAUUUUUCGAGGAGAAACUCAAUCAAACUUUGGCUAUGAGCGAGAGUAGAUUUGACGAUUCUAUGAUAUCUGAACGGAUGAGUGAAUUGAGUCAACUCUCUAAGAAUAUAUCUAAGGACCAUUUAGAUUCUCAUGAUACAUCUGGCCGCAUGAGUGAAUCCCAUGAUAGAUCUAAAGAUAACACAAGAGAUUUUGUUGAUUUGCCAAAAGUUAGUAGUGUCUCAACUAAAGUAGUAAAUGACAAUAUAAAGAAUAAUGAUAUGGUUAAUAUCAGUCAUGGAAGCGACUUGCAAGAAACUCCUAACCCUAUUGUAGAGGACGCCACUAAAGAUUUUUCCAGAUCAUUUCAAGAACAUUUUUUAAGGACUUCUAGUAAUGCAGAAGAGUUGCCUAAGCAAAUUUCACAAGAUAGCGAUAACACAUCUAAAGAUUUAUCUAGAAAUAAUUUCGAAAGAACAGAUAAUUCAUUGAGCGGCUCUAACGAAGUGGAACUUCUUGAUUCAAACAAGAAAUUAGAGUCCAAAAAAGCCAUGAAUCCUGAUACAUCAAGAGAUUCCUUAAAAGAAGCAAUCCUUGUGAAUGAGGAAUUGGUAAGAACACUUCAGAAAAAGGAAGAAGAGUGUCAAGAAAUAAUGGGGAAACUGAAUAUGUACACUGAACAAGUGGAAGUUUUAAAUAUGGAAAAAGCUAAAUUGAUCGGUGAAAAGUUAGGUUUGGUCAAAGGUCUUGAAGAGUUGGAAUCCUUACGAGAUCAACUGGAACGUUUGAAAAAAGAUCAAGAAUUGUUGGCAAAAGAGUCAACAGACCUAACAGAAAAACAUAAGAAGGAAAUGAGUAACUUAAUAGAAAGACAUACUGAAGAGGUGGCAGCUAUUAAAGUGGAUGCAAGUAACGAAGUACAGAAGCUUAGAAAUUUACUUCUGAGUGUGAAAGAAGGGACUGCUGGUUUAGAUGAAUUGCGAAAUGAACUAGAGAGUAGGCAUUCUCAUGAGAUGGAAGACCUUCGCACUUACUUUGAACAGAAGUGUCUUCAAAUGGAGAAGCAGUACUCUGAAGAGGUCUUCAGUCAACAGUCUAGGAAGAUCUCAGAUGAUGAUAGUGAAUUUGAUGAGCUUAUUGAGGAUCCAUUUUUCGGUGCGGCUGGCGAUUGUCUUGGUGCAGAAACAAAAAGUAGAAAGUCUGAGGAUGCUUCAAAAAUCAAAUCCGACAGUGGUGACAACGAAGAUCCCUUGACACCUACUCGUGAAAUUCAAGAACUUAAAGAACAGUACGAAAGGAAGCUAAUUGAGCAAAAACAGUUCUAUGAAAAUCUUCUGGAGGAGACACCAGGGAAGAGACAGGAUUCUCUAACCAAAGAUGAAGUUCAGUUCGAUAGCCUGGAAGAAGAAGAACCACAGAAACUUGAUGAAAUUGAGAAAGUCAGAGAGGAAUAUCAGAAAAAAUUGGCAGAACAAGAGAAACUUUAUGAGAAUCUGUUAUGCGAAGCCACAAAGAAGCGACAAGAUUCUCUUUUGAAUGUCGUUAGUCAGCCUUGCCAAACAGAAUGGGAUACAGUCACCCUGGAGAACGGCGAGCUUGCCAACUUGCGAGCUGCCUACAGCCACCAGCUCGAGGAACAGGUUGCCCUAGCACGGCUCGACAUCGUCAACGCACUUCAGGAACAGAUUCAGCGUGACAUCGGCAUUAUACAGGCUCUGCUUUCUGCCGAUACGGAAACCGAAGAAAAUUGGCCAGCUGAACUGCUUGAGCUACGAAACAAGUUCACGGAUAAUACAAGGCACGAGAUGCAAUGCUUAAAGGAGAUGCACUCUGUAGAAUUGCAAAGACUUAAGGAAGAGCAUUCGCGUAGUCUUGCUAGAAUCAUUGAUCGUCACCAGGAAGAACUCACUGGACUGAGGAAGGAAUAUGCAGAUCAAGCAGUAACGAGGAAGCAGUUAAGUUCUGCAACUUUAGAAGAUGAUCUAAUCGCUGAAAGAGACAAUCUACGUAAAUCAUGUAUGACUUUGAAAAAUCUUGUUGGAGAUUUGAUCAAGUAUUUCAUGUCCUGCGAAGAGGAAGUGAACAAUACUUUGAUCAGCGAAGUCCUAAAGUCUCAACUAUCUAAAACUCAAGAAAGCUCUGAUCAGACAUCUGUCUCGGAUGUGGAGGAACCUUCUAUGAACAAGAUCAAAAGAGUUCAUUUUGCGCCUAAUUCCAGUGGUAUUAGCUCGAUCCUGAAUAAUCAAGAUCCUCAAGAUUUAGCACAAGAUGAGCAAGAUUUUGCACAGCAACUGAGAACUGAGUUGGAUCAUUGCCUUAAUCGUCUCAGGAUAGAAAGUGCUCAGAUUUUAGGCAUUAGUUUACCAACAAGACAAUGUAAAGUGGAUAUAUUUUCAAAACCAAUUUCGUGGAGUAACAAAACCAAUGAAGAAUUACAAUACCAGCUGGCUGAAAGUGAAGCUAUUAUCACUGAGCUUCGCGAAGAAUCUGAACACCUUAGAUUCCGUGUACUUGAACUGCAAGAUCGUUUAGUUGCAGCUGAGACUAAAAAAGAAAUUAUUAGUGAAGGUUAUGGCGAGCAGGAAGACCCUGGUGUUCCAGUAUCGGUAGAGAGCUUGUGUCAGCUACAAGACAAAGCAAGAUCUGUUCUCAACAAUGGUGGUGGCGACAACUCGUACCUACUUCAGCUUAUUGAAGAGCUUUGCCGUCACAGCGAUAAACUUUUAGACGAUUCGAAACGCGACAAAGAGGACUUGCAAUUACAGGUGCCUUUAGACCCAAUACCUCCCCCAUACAUUCACAGGGUUUGCUGCCGAAAGAUCGAAUCGGCGGACAAAAAGCUGCGAGCCAUCACGAAGUUCCUAGAAGAGCAAGGCGGUGAACGUGAAGCUGAACGUGAAGAAGCAGCCAGACAAAUUCAAGCGCUUCAGGAACAAAUAAAGGAGAUGGAACGUGAAAAGGAAAGAGAUCAACGCAUCAGUACAGAGCAGUCUUCUACGCUAUCGCCUCUACCGACCCCGCUCGCCCUUGCAGUGCUUGGGCCAACUGACAUCGCUGCAACUGUGGAGGCCCUUGAAUCCCAGAUGCGCGAGAUGUCAUCCCUGAUGAUGGAUGCUGAGACGAAGAAAUCGGAGAUUGAGACCGAGCUGAAAGAUGCUGUAGACAAGAUCUGUGAUUUGAGGGACAUAAUUGCUGAUCUGGAGCAACAGUUGCAGUUGAAGCACAAGGCUGAAAAUAUAUUCAGAAGUAAAAUCGAGCAGCUAGAAGGCGUUGUCGCUGCGCAAACUAGAAAUCAGCAAGAAUUGGCGCAGGAAUUGGAUGCAGUAAACAUGGGGAGUGAGAGCAAUAAGCUCACUGAACAUAUCGCGCGGUUAGAGGAUGAGUUGCAAAAGCACAAGCUUAGCUCUGAACACUUUGAAGGUAACUCGUCUGCUCUGAAGCAAAUGAAAACGGAACUGCGCGAGAUGCAGCUGCAAUUGGACCGACGUAUACGAGACCUAGAGGCAUUGCACAUAUGCGGUUCUAGUCUUAGUCUUAGUCAACCAAGCGAAGACGUUUCUAUCAGAGAACAGAUAGAUGCUUCUCGUUGUCCAACUCCAGAUGAUCCACACGCCCCACCUACCUUACCGCUAGAUCAACUUUUGAAACUUAAGGAAAAAAUGGUGAAACACGCCAGGGUUGAAGAAGUUGCCUUUAAGCGUAUCAAGGAUCUUGAAAUGCAUCUAACUGCAUUGAAGAAUCAAAACGAGGAAUUGCAAGCGGAGCAAGAGAUUUUGCAGCAGACAGCAUCAGAACAAUUAUUUCAGAUCGAAGCCAUGCGUGGUCGUUUGGAGCAACAAAAGCAAAGUGCUCCAUUUGCACAAAGACAAGCUACAUCCAGAUUGGAGUUGCAGCUACAUGAGCUCAAUACCAAAUUAAAUGCUUUAGAACGAACUGUUUCUGAUAAAGAUCUCGAGAUAAAAGAUGUGAAGAGCCAGUUAGACAGAGCUAAUAGAUUAUUAACGGAGAAGGAAGCCGAAAUGGCAAGUGCUGUCCAUACUGAAAAUAAUGCUUUUCAAAAACUGAAGGAUUAUAUUGCAAUCCUUGAAGAAGAAAAGAAAGUCCUUGAGUCCAAGUUGGGAAUACAAGAACGCACUCAGCAUGACUUAAGACAGCUGAUAGACUCAAUGGUAGGGGACAAGAACGAAGAGAUCGAUCAUCUCAAGGAGCAACUGAUGAAACGCGAACGUGUAUUAGAACCAUACUUAGCGUUAAACCUAGACGAAAGUCAGCUACGAGAACUGAUACGUCAAGCUGAACCUAAGAAUAGCGCUCGAACCCUGAGCGACAUCCUUUCUAUUCAUUCAGAAUGCGAGGACCUUCCUGAUCCAAUUAGAGAAACUCCUAAUCAUACAUCAGGACUCAAUGUGUCCAGUUUUCGUACAGCCCUUCCAUUGGAUCAUCUCAAAGAACCUGCAGAGCAAUCACCAAAUGUCUGUAUAACAAUACCACAACUGGAGCUUGGCUCUCAGAGUUCGUCUAGUUCAUCACAUGGAAAAUCACCAGAACAAAGCGAAUCCCAUCCGAUUCAAGCAUUAAGUCCUAUGAUCCUGGAAGAGUCGAAUCCCAAGGAUCGGACCUCGGAAGCCAUUCAACGUUCUAACAAUGAGUUACUUGAACGGCAAAUUCGUCAAUUAGAAAAUCAGUUGUCUAACAUGAAGGACGAACUCAAUCUGAAAUCUUCUAAUUUGGCGCGACGGGAGGCUGAAUUGAAUACAGUACAGCAGGAACUUGAUGAAUUGAGAAUUGAACUUAAGGACACGAUUGAGUCUCUGAAUCGGGAUAAACUCUUCUAUAAAAAUCAAUACGAGCUAAGUCAAGUUUCUGAAAGUAAAAUCAAAAAAGAUCUUCUACAGGUUGAAAAUACUCUGAAGCUUAAAGAUGAUGAGGUCAAAGAGUACAAGAGUAAAAUUCAAAUGAACGAGAAGAUUUUGAUGGAACUGAAUGCUGAAAAUUCUCGACUGAAAAAUGAAAUUGAUGAAAUAAGAGAGAAGAAUAUAAAACGGCUGGAGAUCAAUCUCCAGGAAAAAGAGGUGGAACUGAAAAAUCUUAAAGAAAUCGCGUUCGAAAAGGAUAUUACCAUUGAAACUAUUCAGACUCGUAAUGCAGAAAUCGAAAAUGAAAAUAAGCAAUUGUUUGAGUUUAAAUCGAAUUAUGAACAGUGCCGACGUGAAUUCGCUGAGUGUCAGAAUGAGAUUCAGAGACUCACUGAAGGAUUGAAUAAUCGCGACCAGAUCAUCCGAAGACUUGAAGAAAUGGCUAGAAGGUCCAGCUUCUCCGGGGCGUCUUCACCUAGUGAAUGUAAGGAUCAAGAGAUUCAUCAUUUGCAGGAAUACCUUAAGGAGAAGGAUAAGGUCAUUCGACAGAUGAGCGAUGACAGUAAGAGUUUACAUCGUGCAUUAGAGACUAUACAGAAUAAGAUGAAGGAAUCUGGGAAUGUUGUAGAACUACGAAAGAAAUUGAAGGAUGAAAGAAGAAUUAACACGGAAUUGAAAGAAAUAGUUGACAAAAUGCAGAUUGAAUUGAAAUUUCUACUCAGAGACGAAUCGAUCCAAUCAGAAGAGGAGGUCAACAUUGAGGAUAUGGUACAACGAGAAUUGAACCUAUCAGCUCGACUUGAUCAGCAAAUAUUGGAAGCUAUUGAAAGCGAACCUGAAGAAGGUACUGGCAGAAAAAUUGAAAAGCACUCCUGCAAUUCAUUAGACAUUCAACCUACGAAUUCAGAUAAACAGGAGAGAUUUUUGUACCGAUACGGAGAAUUGAAAAGUAAAUUGAAACAAGCGACAAAAGUCAAUGAAGAAUUGAUAAAACUUAAGGAUGAUCUUGAGAUUGAGCGCGAGAUGCUACGUUCACAAAUUACUGAAUACGAGAAUCGCAUAUUGCAAAUCAAGUCCCAUCUAGACGAAGAAAGUAACAAAGUAGCGUCUUUGGAUGAAGCGCUCUCAGCUGAAAGACAAACAGUGCGAGAUUUGAAGCUUCAAAUUCAAAAAGAUCAACAUUCUAUGGAAAUAGCUCAUAUAAAAGAUUCUGAAUUGAUAUCAAUGUUGAGAAUAAAACUUUCAUCUUCAAUUGACGCUGAGGAGAAGCUACGAAAAGAUUUGAACGAAAUGCGUUACGAACACAAAAGUCUUGAAACCCAGUUGACGGCAAUCAGAGAACAAAUAAAUUCUCAGCGUGUCCAUGAGACGACAGCAGGACUUGAAGAACUCUUGGCGACCGAGCAGAAGAAAUAUAUAAAACUUGCAGAAGAGUACGAGCAGGUGCAGCGAAAGAAUGUAGAGCUUCGUGAUACACUGAGGAAAAUUGAAAAUGAAAAGUCACGAUAUGAAAAGCAAUUAGAAAUGUUUAUGGAGGAGAAGGAGAAAAUGAUAAGCAGCUUGACAUUGGCUGAAGGUACUAAGGAAUUCUUGAGCACAGAUUUGAGGAGGACUAAGGAAGAAUUAAGAGCACGUGAAGAAGAGUGCGAAUGGCUUCAGCAAAGAAUAAGUACCAUGUCCAACGCAGAGAAUAAAAGACAGCAACAAAGAUCAGACGAUCAUAAUGAAUUAAAGAGUCUUCGUCGAGCGAUUACCAGUACUCGAGAAGUCAUGCAUGAUCUGGAAUCUGAUAUGAAGCAAUCUAAAAAAGAACUACAAAAAUCAUUAGAAAAUCAAGCUCAACUCACUAAACGUAUAGAGUCUUUAACUGAAAAUGAGAUUCAGCUUAAUAAACAGCUUAAUGCAGCACGGUUGGAAGAGAAAAGACUUAACGAAGUAAUAGCUGAUAUGCAAAAUGAUUUACAGUUGAGCGUAAAGAGAGAAGUAGAACUUACUGAAGAGUUGCAAAGGGAAAGGAUAUCUAGCCAGAAAAAAGUACCUUCUCAGUUCGUUCAAAAGAUAGAGGAGUUAAAUGACAGCAUUGAAAGGCAUUCACGAGUUGAAAGUAUGCUUCAGGAGAAGUUAGCCAAGGCUAGAGAAGAGAAGGAACAAUUUGCAAGUCGUAUCAGAUUACUAGAAAAUAAGUUGGUACAAAGAAGUAAAGAAUCUACAAGUGGCAUAAACUCUGAUUUGGCCGAGAAGAUUCAACACUUCUAUGGCAAAUACCUGCGUGUGGAUAGCCGACGCAAAGCUCUAGUUUAUCAGAAGCGUUACUUGCUCUGCAUAGUGGGCGGUUAUCAAAUUUCAGAAGCCAAUACACUAUCGGUGCUUGCACAACUUACUCAAAGUCAGAAAUUCUGUAUAAAAACGAGUGAUAAUCGGAAGAGCCCUAAAGUUCGUUUCCGUAGUGCUAUACUCGUUGUUAUCAGUAUUCAUCGCAUGAAGUGGAUGAUUCUCAGAUGGAGAACCGGAAGACGAGUCGGAGCGAAUGCUGUUCUUGGUAAUCCGGAUCAGUCUUUCGUUCCCCUGAGAACUGCCAGCUUUAAUCAUUCACCGCCUGUUCGAGAACGAGCUACUAUUAAUGGCGAUGGAAAUUUUGGGAAAAUUGAAUUGGAACAAUAUUUGCAAAGAUUCACGAAUAUUCAGCAAACACUUGGUCUAGCAAUGUCGGAAGCUGGAGCAAGUCGUCCGUCUAAUACAAGGACUCAGGUGACUUCGCAUCGUAAUAGGUCACCUCAAAUUCAAUUAGAUGAUAAAAAGUCGAUCGAUAGCCUUGAUAAUUGUUUCUAUUAAAAAAUAUAUAUAUACAGUCAUCUUUCAAGAUGGUCUGUGUGGGAUUGCCGUUUUCAUUUGCAUUGCGAAUGGAAAUAAUUUGAAACUGGGCAUUUCGAAUAGACUGAGAUUUUAUGUAGACUUUUAUUUUUUAUUGUAUUUCACUAUUACUUCUCUCGUAGGACUCGUUCAAGCAUUGUAUAUAAGUUUGUAUCAUAUAACAGUGUAAGAUAAUUCCUAUUUUUAUUAAGAUUUAAGGAGCUAAUUGUGUCUUCUGAAACGAAAGCUCAACCAUUCAAUAGUAUUUCGUUUAUCCUAUUCAUUGUUUUAUGUGAAUUGUGGACGCAACAUGACCAAAGUUUUGCGACAUUUUUUUUAGAUUUAUUUAGUAUGAAAUUAUAAACCAGUGAUGAGAAUGUUGUGCCUUAUAAAAUGUAACUCUGAUAUUUAUUGUAUUGUAUGGAUUGUAUUUUUUUUAUAUUGUCAAUAAAACUUUAUUCA